UAGACGUGAUUCAAUUGAAAUCUUGGCAAAAUAUAUAAAUAUAUACAUAUGGAUAUAUCCAAUUCAAAUCUAUCUCGAAUAUCGAUCAUAUAUUAUUUGAGGCCAUAUAUCUUCUUCUGUUCAUUCAGAGGUCGUGCUUGCGGAAGGAGAAUGGCGGAGAGCAGCCGGACCGACAUUGAGCUCCCUCUGGAUCUGCAGCGCGAGAUACUGGUGAGGCUCCCCGUGAAAUCCUUAUGCAGAUUCCGGUGCGUGUCAAAGCUGUGGCAUUCUAUUAUAGCCGAUCCUCGAUUUGUUGAAGCCCACGAUGCCUACUCCGAGUAUCGUCCGAAGCUGCUAAUCUUUCGGGCCCCUAACUGUGAAAUCCGCAAAGAUUUGACCUGGAGCGUCGAUGGCGCUAGUUCAAGCAAGGAGUUAUAUUAUUCCGUAGAUUAUCCACAACAAUCCAAUGGCCUGACUCAAACCCUGACCUAUGAUGUCAAUAUUUGCGACCAAGUGGACGUCUAUAUGUCUGAAACAGUGGGCAGGCUUUACUUCCUCGGCUUCCGUGAUUUUGUCAGAAUCCGGAAUCCUACUACUCGUGAGGUAUUCGAGCUUAAAACUAUGGACACUGAGGCUGGUCUGGAUGCCAAGUUGGUAGACAUCACCAACCAGUUUGGGUUCGAUCCGGUUGAGAAGAAGCACAAGGUCUUUAGCACAUGGAAGCUGGAACGCUCCACUGAGAAGAUAAUCGAGAGCCGUGUGUUCGUUCUCGGGGAGAGCGGCUGGAGGAGGCCACUAUAUGACUAUCCUCCUAAUCUAAGAGAAACGUAUGUCCAACGCGGUACUUGCAUCAACGGGGUCAUAUUCUCCACUGCAUAUACUGCCCAAGACGAACACUUGGUGGCACUUCAUGUCAGGUCGGAAAAAUUUCAAAUGAUUCCGCUCCCUAGAGGGGCUGUGGACACAGUUUUGAUCGAAUUAUCGAGGCAUGCUACCUUGGCUCAAGAUGAUGGCGUUGAUCUUCCUUGGAACGAAGUCACUCUGUGGGUAUUGGAGGACCUAGACAAUCAGGUUUGGAAGCAAAAAACAUGCGUGAUCCCAUGGCGGGAGGCUGAUCCUGAAUGGCAUAUCACUCUUCAUGGCGGCACGCCGACGGGUGAGUUGAUGCUCACACCAAUGGACUUCAGCGAGCCGUUUUUCUUGUUCUUAUACAAUGUGGAGAACAACGUCCUUAGGAGAAUCGAGCUUCAAGGCCCGCACAAUCGUUUAGGUGAACAGAACCAUCCAUAUACUACUUCCGCAGGCGCACAGGUCCGUUUUCAUGUGGAAAGUCUCCGGUCACCUCGAGGCCUAUCAGCUCCAUUUGAACAUCAGCAUGAAUCAGGAGGACCUAUAUGUGAUCGACAGUCGAGGGAUUCGAGAACCCGGCAGCAAAGAGGAACAAGAAAGAAAUCAGAUGCUAAAUGGCAGAUUUGGGGAGAAGGAAAUAAAUAAAGACGCAACCAUAAAACAGUAGCAUCCCCGCCCAGGCGGAUGACAUGUGUCCAAACUCUUUCUUUCGGCAAAAUUCUCGGCACAAUGAAUAGGAGGAAUAACAACUAGACCUAUAAUCUGCGCAUUGUGUUAGAAUAUUAUAUAUAUAUAUAUAUAUAUAUUUCAAAAAUUUAGUUAAUAUUUCGUCUGAGUUGGAGAAUAGGUUUAAUAACUCGAGUGUAUACUUGUUAUUGGUCGUUAGUGUAUAUUAUAUGUAUAUAUGUUUUUAUUAUAUAAGGUAC